ACAAAUAAUCCGAAAAAAUAAAUUCAUAUUAUGGAUAAGAGGGAUAAAUCAAAAAAUAUAUUGUAAAAAAGGGUGGGGUGCCUGAUCAUAACACUCCAUUGACAUUUUUAUUUAUUUUUUAAACUCCUUUUUUUCUCUGUUUCGUGUUUAAUUGCAAAUAUUAUAUCAGUGCUUUCUUAGUGUUAAACGAUAAAAAUACAAGUGGUCUGCGCUAACUCUCGAUCAAUGUAGCAAAUUGCAACAUGAGGUCACCAGAUGUGGCACACUUUCGGCAUAGGAAGUGACAGGACAAAUUCUAGAUCUUUUUAGCCAGGAGUCACAGGUCGCGGUCUAGCCACUGGUUUAAAGAUGUCUAUCGUAUUAUUUGUAUUUAAGGUAUCAUUACUUUGGGAUUGUUUGGAAGUUUAUCUUUUCCUCAGCAUCUACUUCUUGUAUUUUCUGAAACUGCUUAAUCCUUUGUUGAUAAUGACGUUCUACUGUUUCAAGGUGAAUUCUUACCAGAACUAGCCUAUCAAUUGCCGCCAUGUUUAAGGCAUGAUGUUUUUUCGGCACUCUACGCUCAUCAUUUGGAGGCCCCACCAAGUUUCCGAGAGAUGCCAGAUUAUUUCAAGAGGCAGUUAUGUGCAAGAUUACGACGUGUUGUUAUUUUUCCCGGUAAAUGCAUUGUACGUGAAGGCGAUACGUUUACAACAACUUAUUUCGUCCAUCAAGGUGAACUUGAGAAGUGGUAUAAUGAUGCCAGCGGUGAAGGAAAACUAUUAUCUGUGUUAUACACGAAUGGAUAUUUCGGGUGCAUUACUGGAUUGUUUCCAAACAGAAAGAAUGAAUUUACCUAUUAUGCACGGACGGUUGUAGAUUUGGUCCAUCUGGACCUAGAUAAUUGGAGAGAUUUAUUAGCAGCCUACCCUGAUCUUAAAGCUGUACUUUACAAUGCAACAAGAGAGAUCAGGCAAGAGUACGCUAGAGAGAAUUACGGAAAAGGAAAAUCUUUCUCGGCCUAGUCGAGAUGAUCUAGUCGAAACGAAGUUAUACACCAAGAAGGCGGGGAUAGUACCAAUAACUUAACAAACAAAACUACUAACAUUACAAAAUGAAAUAGUUUAUUCUGCAAAUGGAAUAAAUUAUAUCACUUUUACAUUAUUAUGUCAAACGAUGUUAUUUAUACAUGUUUGACAGUCAUUACGGGUGGUCAGACGCUAGAUAGUCUGACUAGAGGUAUUGAGUUGUCCAGGUAGGGAUAAAUAGCCGCUCCUUGCAUAAGACUCUAACGUAGCUGCAUCUAGUUAGACUGGAAGCCGUCUCUGACAUUGGGGAAAGGCUAGAAUAAAGAUAAUGUCAAAUUCAUCUUAAGAACGCCUGAGUAGACAUUUCCUCUCUGGCAACCCUGGUUAACCUGAGAAAAAGGUUUGAAACACAUUCUAUGGACUUUGCCUCUUUUUAAGUCUAUAAACACGUUUUUAAACUAAGAUAAUUUAGAUAUGGAAGGUCUUUUGAUGAUUUUAGCACAAUUAGCUUAAAAAAGUAUCUCAGGAGGUUACUGGAAGAGUAAGGCUGUGUCCUGUGUGAGCAACGAACGUGACAGGACGCUACCCUGGAAUUCAACGGCAUACCCUACUUGUGGCUUAUGUGGCAGUUGUUCAAUCUGAGGCGGAAUGCGACACGACGUAACGUGGUUUUGUUUUGAGCGUAACAUCAUUAUUUUGGUCAUUACUUCUUGAAUCAUGGAGCUUCUCUCCACGUACGUCCAAAUUAUAGGACAUUUGUCGCGUGUAACAUUAAGUCGCGUCGUGAUGCGUAUCACUCGCACAGGACAAAAAGUAGAGGUUAUCUUCGAUGUACUAAAGGGGGGGGGGGGAACCUAAAACUGAGAUGAACUAUUGCCACUAGUUUUAGUACAGAAUUUAAAUAUCAAUUUCAUUUGAUAUCGUAGUUUUAUUAUUAAUUAGUU